CAGUAAUUAAUUUGCUCCUGAGUAACUGAGUUCACAGAAGAGGAAGCCGGAUAAUUACAUAUAUCAGGGGAGGGACAGCGGACGACCGAAGCCCGCAUUCAGUCGUAGAAGAUGGCUGCGAACCCUCUGCAAAAGAUUACGAGCCGUGCUCGCUCGAUUCGCACGACGCUAUGUCCUCUUUCGAGACCAUUUUCUUCUGACGCAUUGGUUGAGGUCAAGCCUGGGGAGAUCGGCAUGGUUUCUGGGAUCCCCGAAGAACAUCUUAGGAGGAAGGUUGUAAUUUACUCACCUGCUAGAACUGCAACUCAGCAAGGAUCGGGAAAAGUUGGAAGGUGGAAGAUCAAUUUCUUGUCAACACAGAAGUGGGAGAACCCAUUGAUGGGUUGGACAUCCACAGGGGACCCCUAUGCCAAUGUUGGUGAUGCUGGAUUCAGCUUUGAUAGUGAAGAGGCUGCAAAGGCAUUUGCUGAGAGACAUGGUUGGCAGUAUGUGGUUAAGAAGCACCAGACACCGUUGUUGAGGGUGAAGUCUUAUGCAGAUAACUUCAAGUGGAAGGGCCCUCCUAAAACUGAAGGAGCUUGAUUGGACAAUCUCAGCUGGUGAUGUUUCUUGGUUCAAUGAUAAGACAAGUUGCAAUACUGAUUCUGCCGCAGUUUCAUAUUGCGCAAUUUCUUAUUAACUGGAUUACAAUAAAUGGGACCAAAUAUUUUGCCUUUUACUGUGUCUCCUUGUAUAAUACACUUGUGUUCCAAGAUGGAACUGAAUAGUUGAUUUCAUACAUUUUUCAUCUCCAUUCCUUCAAUUUGUUGCCUGUAUAAACAAUUUAUGCUUAUGAUGAUUACUUGAUGACUGAUGAGAUGAUGGGUAGCUCUUCAUAUAAAAAGAGGUACAAAAG